AAGUCUUGAUCGUCUCCUCCAUAGAUUACUCUUUUUUCUUUUUUCUUUUUUUGUUGAUCCAUGGAUGACGAAUAUAUGAGCUUGGAGGAGGACGAAGAAGAGGAUUAUGAUUACUCCAUCGAUGAGCAUGAUGAGUAUUACAGCGAUGAAGAGACAGAUUUGCAACACGUAUCCUCAACAAAGCCUACGAGCCAGGUGAUCACUAAAGAAUCUCUUGUAGCAGCACAGAAGGAUGUUUUGGUUAAGAUCAUGGAAUUGUUAUCGGUUAAGGAGAACCAAGCCAGGACACUUCUUAUUUAUUAUCAAUGGGACGUUGAUAAGUUGUUCUCUGUGUAUACUGAGCAAGGCAAAGAUCGUUUGUUUUCUUUUGCUGGUCUUACUGUUUUUGAUCCUUGUUUGGUUACUUCGAAUGGUGGGACGGUGAUGAAGUGCUGCGAUAUCUGCAUGGAAGAUGAUUUACCAAGUAAUGUAAUGACGAGAAUGGAGUGUGGCCAUAGCUUUUGCAAUGAUUGUUGGAAGGGACACUUCACUGUUAGGAUCAAUGAAGGUGAGAGCAAAAGGAUAACAUGUAUGGCUCAUAAAUGCAACGCGAUUUGCGACGAGGAUGUUGUUAGGAGACUAGUUAGUCCGGAGUUAGCUGAGAAGUUUGAUCGUUUCCUCAUUGAGUCGUAUGUCGAAGAUAACAUGAUGGUGAAGUGGUGUCCAAGCACACCACAUUGCGGGAAUGCGAUACAGAUCGAAGAUUACGGCAGCGAGGUUCAGUGUUCAUGUGGACAUCAGUUCUGUUUCAGUUGUCUUAGUGAGUCUCACUCUCCUUGCUCUUGUUUGAUGUGGAAGCUAUGGACUAAAAAGUGUGCCGACGAGUCAGAGUCUGUUAACUGGAUAACAGUUAACACAAAGCUUUGUCCCAAAUGUAGCAAACCUAUAUCAAAACGAGAUGGUUGCAAUCUCAUGACUUGUAAGUGUGGGCAGCAUUUUUGUUGGCUGUGUGGUGAAGCUACUGGAUUCAGCCAUACUUGGAAGACUAUCGAGGGUCAUAGUUGUGGUCGGUACAAAGAUGACAAAGUAAGGCAAUUGGAGAGAGCCAAAAGGGAUUUGGACAGGUACACACAUUACUAUUACCGCUACAAAGCACAUACCGAUUCAUCGAAGCUAGAGGAUAAACUUAGGAAGAGUGUCCUUGAGAAGGCAGUGUUGAAUUCUGAAACCAAGGAUCAAGACGUGUUUAAAGAUUACAGUUGGGUUAUAGAUGGAGUGAACCGCUUAUUCAGAUCAAGAAGGAUUCUUUCGUAUUCAUAUCCUUUCGCGUUCUACAUGUUUGGUGAAGAGCUCUUCAAAGAUAAGAUGAGUGAUAAAGAGAGAGAGAUAAAGAAGAAUCUGUUCGAGGAUCAGCAGCAGCAACUUGAAGGUAAUGUUGAGAGACUUUCCAAGGUUUUAGAAGAGCCUUUUGAUCAAUACUGUUUUUCGGAAGUAGUGGAGAUGAAGAGACAACUCAACAAUUUGAGUGCUUUGGUCGAUAAACUAUGCAGGCAAAUGUAUGAGUGCAUUGAGAAUGAAUUGUUGGGUCCAAUCCAAACUGGAGUCCACAAGGUUGCACCUUAUAGGUCAAAGGGAAUAGAACAAGCAACUGAGUUUUGUCCUGACAUCUACCAAUCUUCUGAUUGUGGUUCAAGCGGAUCUUCGUAGAUCAUGAGAAGUUAUUACUUUGAUCAUAUAAGUUUAUUUGUUUAGUUUUUCCCUUUUCAGUAGUCUUUGUUUCAUAGACAGAUGAUGCAGUGUUAUUUAUGGUUGGCUCUUCUUAAUGGGGUUGUUUUCUUAAUGGGUUCAUCAUAACCAUUUUAAGAGGAUGCAAAACCAUC